AUGUCCAGCGACACACCGCCGAUUUAUAAACAUCUUGGCCAUAAAGACAGAGGACAUCUCACAACAGUCAUUAAAGCAACUCAAGAGCAAGAGAAGCAAGACAUCAUGACUUCUGAGCAGACCUUCAUCGCGAUCAAGCCUGAUGGCCUUCAGCGUGGCCUCGUCGGCGAGAUCAUCGGCCGCUUCGAGAGGAGAGGAUACAAGCUCGCCGCCAUCAAGCUCGUCACUCCAUCCCAGGAGCACCUUGAGAAGCACUACGAGGACUUGAAGGACAAGCCUUUCUUCAAGGGUCUUAUCACCUACAUGGGUAGCGGCCCAGUCUGCGCCAUGGUGUGGGAGGGUCGUGAGGCCGUCAAGGUCGGUCGCCAACUCCUCGGUGCCACCAACCCAAUGGCUUCCCAGCCAGGUACCAUCCGUGGUGACUUCGCCAUCGAUGUCGGCCGCAACGUCUGCCACGGCUCCGAUGCCGUCGAGUCUGCCAAGAAGGAGAUUGACCUGUGGUUCAAGAAGGAGGAGCUCAACACAUGGAAGCAGGCUGGGCACGACUGGGUCUACGAGAAAUAG